AUGGCCGCCAUCACCUCAGAGCAGUGCUCUCUAGCUUCAUACUCACCUACAGCUUCAAGCUUUUUUCGGGACUCUCCAAACUCUGCGAAGAUGGAGCUCGUCAGCCCUGCUCCUCUGGGGUCGGUGACCGUCGGAGGUGCCCCAUGGCGGGAUGCCACGGUCAACUCUGUGCGGAGAGCUCAGCGGCUGGUGCUGGAGACGCAACCCGGGCCAGAGUCACCUCUCAGGCGUGCGCACACUUUGGUCUCUCUCCCGGAGGACCCCACACCAGAGAGAAGCACCGCGAACCCAGGGGAGAGAGCUGAAUCUGGAAUCGAUGGGAGAGUUCGGCCAAAGACUUCUGGAGACACAGUGAGAGAGAAGAUCUAUGCUAUUGUAUAA